UUAAUUAAUUAAUUAAUUAUCACUAUCAGGGUUCUUGUAUUAAGAUGCCUCUUUUCUUUCCCCUCUACUUCUGGCGUCUAUACAAAUGGCUCCUCCGUUUAUUAACGAGGAAAUGUGAGCUCCUACGUAUCUGUGAGGGGACGGCAGACCUUGCCAGUAGGACCUUUGCUGUUGCUAGGUCAUUGAAGAAUUCAAAGCACAAGGAGUUGCAAUCCAUUGCUUGGGUGACUCCAGCUGGCCAAGACGUCAUUGAUCCCGACGAUGCUCUGAAUCUCAUUAUAAAAACUAAAAAAAUAUCAACAGAGAAGCAUCCAAAUUUUGUGUCAAGUAUCAAGCCGUGUUUAUUGCCAAUUAUUGCACUCUCAGCGUUAAAAGGAGACAUUGAGAAGAUGAAAUUCGAAUCCUAUUUGUCUGAAAAUGACGAACAUGAACAGCAGCUGACAAAACUUUGGUCUUUGCUAGUCCCCCAAACUGAGCUGAAGGCUCGUUUUGGGACCCACUGGGGUACUAUAGGGUUUCAAGGUAAAGACCCUGCGACUGAUUUCCGUGGCAUGGGAAUGCUAGGACUCUAUUGCUUAGUUUAUUUCGCCGAGAUGCACUCAGGGAAGGCAAGACAAGUGCUUGGAUUUUCACAGCAUCCUACGAAAGGGUAUCCAUUGGCCAUUACCAGUAUCAAUAUAACACAGAUUGUCUAUUCGUUACUACUUAAUAGUCAUCUUGACUAUUACUUAUAUUUAAAGUCAAGAGGGAACGUACCGACCAUUAAUGAUUUCAUGGAAGCACACUGUUAUGUCAUGUACAGUUUCAACCAGUUCUGGUUGGACUCUAAUCCCGAGAAUAUAAUGGCAUUCUCGAGGGUAAGAGACCGUUACUUGUCGGAGCUUAAACGUCGUCUCGAAGAACGCCCACUCACAAUUGAGCUAUCACUAGAAGACGGAUCUUCUUAAUAAUUUGAAAAA